UGUACUUCUACAUGUUUGUUUGUUCAUUCUACACAUUCUUAUAAUUAAAGAAUAAAAUUUAGAGAUAUGACAAUAUCGUGGUGUGACUUCAUAGCAGGAUCUGUUGCUGGUGUGUGUGGCUUAUUAAUUGGACAUCCUGCAGAUACAAUAAAGGUUCGACAACAGACAUUUCAGUCAUCAGGUUGCAUACAUAUUGCCAUUCAAACAAUAAAAUAUGAAGGUUUGCAUGGAUUUUAUAAGGGUAUGGGGUUUCCACUGCUCACAGCUGGGAUAAUGAAUUCAGUAUUCUUUGGUGUGUAUGGAAAUUGCCUAAGAGCUCUUGAAAAUUUUCAUAAACGGCAAGAGCCAGAGAACAAUGGUGUCAGCAAGUACUGGUACAUGAAUAUAUUCUUUGCUGGUGUAUGUGCUGGCACAGCCCAGGUAGCUGUUGCUUCUCCUGUCGAGCUUGUGAAGAUCCAGCUACAGUCUCAAACAGGAACAUGGGAGAAGCAACAUUCAAGGAAACAUACAGGUCCCAUUAAUUGCAUUUUACAUAUAGUAAAUGAACAUGGCCUGAGAGGAUUGUAUCAUGGAAGCCAAAUAACAAUGUGUCGGGACUCUCUUUCAUCAGGUCUGUAUGUACUGACCUAUGUUGUGUGCUUGGACAUGUUCCAUGGACCUCAACAAGUAUGGACAGUUAUCUUUGCAGGAGGAACAGCAGGUGUAAUCUCUUGGGCUUCAAUAAUUCCGCUGGAUGUUAUCAAGUCACGUAUCCAAGCUGAUGAUUUAUCAAAUCCUCGAUAUAAAGGCAUUGUGGAUUGUACUGUCAAGAGUUAUAAGAAAGAUGGUCUGCACGUAUUUCGUCGUGGAUUUAUUACGUGCUCAUUUCGAUCAUUCCCAGUAAAUGCUGCAACUUUCCUUGGCUAUGAACGGUCUUUAAAAUUUUGCCAACAUGUGUCAAAGGACUUCUUCACUCAUCCAGAACAGAAGGACACAUGACUGUAAGCAAUCAGAUGACUUAAAAAACAAUAUUAAACAUUACUAUUCCUACCUCACAUAAUUAAAAAAAUGUAAAAAUGAAUUGGCAUUUGAUUAUGUAAAAUUAGAAAACCGAAAACUUCCUACUCAUUCAGGUGUCCUGUCUUCUGAAGCACUUAGAGAAUGAAAAAUUCUAGGAUGGAAGGGAGAUCCUGGGCACUCAAUUUCAUGAUUUGUAUUCUCCCCUCUCCCUAUAAUAUGCUUAUUUUCUUAAAAUAAAAUAACAAAAAUAACUUUAAUAUUCAU